AUGGUAUGUCGCCAAAGCAUCUUUUCUGAAUUUCCUAUCCGAGGCCACGACCUGGACUCCAGAUUCCCACAGCAGAAUCCUGUGAAGGGAGGAUUCGACGAAUUUCCCAUCGCUACCCGGCGGCAUCUUUUCUUCGAGAGCCUCUCGCCAUCAGAUCAGAGCGCAAUCGCCUGCUUUAACAUUCGCAACCUUCCAAUCAUUGGCCGCUGGUCCGCCUGGACUCCAAGACAUCAGGUGCAUUCCGAACCCUGGGCUCUCCAAGACGCAGAGACAGCAAAGCUGAGGCCGUUCAAGACAUUGACGCUCCCCCACGAUACUGGCUACGUUGUUCUCUUGGGGUCCUCGACAAUUCCUGCCGUCGACUUACACAAAAUCGCCGCGCCGAGGAUACUGUCUGCCACUCACUCCCAGCCCUCGACCCCGUCCAUGGAGGGUGCUGAAUCUCUGUUUCUCGCCGCCUCCCACUUCCCGCCGCUCGCCGAUCUCGCGUCUCCGGGGGAGACGGUGGCCGCAGCCCUGGCGGCUUUCGAGACUGCGCCGAGCGUCCUUCCACCGGGCUUUGGACUCGGUGCAGGUGUUGCGCCCACGAGCUCGCAUUAUGCCGAGCAGCCCUCGCCGCCGUAUGCCGUCAAUACCGGCUACCUCAACGAUCAGUUUGGCGUGCCACCCGCAAAGCGACAGAGGCUGUCAAGCCCAGUCCCCAAGCCCGGCUCAAAGAAGAACGGCUCGCCAAAAUCUGCUAGUACGGCAUCACCCACAAAGGACAUGGCUGCUCCGACGGCCGUGCCUGCCAAGAGCAGGAGAGUGCGGACAGGAUGCUUGACAUGCAGGGAGAGACAUCUCAAGUGUGACGAGGGGACUCCGGACUGCCUGAACUGCAAGAAAAGCAAUAGGGAAUGCAAGCGUGGCGUGCGCCUGAACUUUAUCGACAUGACCUGCAAGGAGCCGCCCUUCAUCCCACCCACGGACGAGUGGUCAGUUCAAUUCCAGGAUGAAUCUCGGUUGAUCGCCUCGGAGUACCGAGGCGGCCUCGGGAGGUAUUCCAAGCUGGAGCCGCAGGUGUUCACUCCGCCUCGGGAGCCGGACGUUGACUUUAUUGUACGGCGGCAGUCUAUGGCUGCGGGUAACGCAAAUAGCCAAGGGCAAGGGGAUCAUAGGACGCCGACUACGAUAUCAACGCCGCAGUCCAUGUUCUACGCAGAUCGCAGCCAGUUGCACUCGGACCAGUUCUCUGACGGAAGCCAUACGAGGAAGAAUAGUGCGGCUUCCUUCAUGGCACCUCCGAGCUCUUCUCACUCCAUGGGAUACGCCAACUUGCUGUCAGACCCGUUUGCCUCUAUCAAAGAUGACCGUCGGGUCUCACAGAGUGCCUACAGGAAUAACAGUGACGCCUCUACUGCUGCAUCUAUCGCUGGGAUGACUGGACUGGAAGCGCAAGCCCAGUUCCGCGAUCCCCAAGGCCUCGGCAUAAACUCGGGUCCAAUUCCUGACCAUGGCAUGAUGACGCCACCUAAUGACAAGAAUGGCGAGCGCGAGUAUCUAAAUUCGCCCGAGGAGCUGCAUUUCAUGCAAGUCUUUGUCUCUGAGGUGGGUAUAUGGAUGGACAGCCUUGACAAGGAAAAGCACUUCUCUCGGUUGAUACCUUAUCACGCGUUGAAGUGUCCUAUGCUUCUGAAUGCACUUCUGGCCUGCGGCGUGAAACAUCUCACCUUGACACAACAGUACAACGACGACAAAGCGUUAUUCUACUACGAUACGGCAACGACGCAACUGCUCCGGAGCUUACAAAACCCGGAGCGCAAUACCGCCGAGUGCGCGGCAACUGCUGUGGUCUUGAAUGUAUACGAAAUCAUGAGUGAGAAGCCAACCCAACGGAUGAGCCAUAUAGCAGGUGCCCGUGCACUCAUCCGCGAAUGUGGAUGGAAUGCGAAGAGCACCGGUCUCGGCGCUGCCUGCUUCUGGCUGAACGUUGGUAUGGAGCUUCUCAGCUGUCUUGCGUUCAACUGGCAAACAGCCUGGGAUCCGGAUCAGUGGGGGGUUGACAUGGACUUCUCGACAGAGAAGGAGCAUGGAAGGGAAGAGAUAUGGGUACAUCGCAUCUUCCACAUCGUGGCUAAGAUCGCCAACUUCCGCGCCAGUAUACCCAAGUUUCAAGAACCCAGCCCUCACGACGAGCAGAUUCGUCUACAAGCCCGCUUCUCCGAGUGGCAACGCCUCAAGAAUAUGUGCGACACCUGGAACAACGCCUGCCCCAGGCCUAUGCACCCCUUUGGAUACUUGUAUCCUGCGCAGCAAGGCACUCCUGGAGGGCGCAAGUCGCUGUUCCCUAAUGUCUGGCUUAUCAAGCGGGCUGCUAUUGUCGGACGCCUCUACUAUCACACAGCACAGUGCUUAUUGGCGCAGAUUAAUCCAAUCCUGCCGAAGGACUCUGAAGAAAGUCGUGCUGUGCAGCAGCACCACGCGCAUCAAGUCUGCGGUAUUGUCGCUCACACCAAGGACCGUGGUGUUGCAUCGGUCUCGAUCCGGUCCCUGGCUAUCGUAGCCGAGGUCCUUACAGACCUUCCGGAGCAACAGGAAGUUAUCGCCAUUCUUGAGAACAUCGACAAGGAGACCGGUUGGAAACUGGGCGCUGUUGUCAAGAACCUCAAGCGAGUCUGGGAUUGGGAGAAGCUGGGUGGCUCAGGAGUCCAAGGCCUCGCGGCGCAGUUUCUUGCUCAGGGGGCUCCAACCCAGCGACAAGGGCACGCACAUAACCAGUCACAGUCGCAGUCAUACUCUCAUUCACAAUCCCAUUCACAAUCGCAAGCGCAAUCACAACCACAGGUGCCACAAACCCAACAGCUACCAACGCAGACGACGCAGACGAACACGCCUCCUGGCGGCUUGAUGAUGCCCGGCAUGGACAGUGCGCAGCAGGUUGUCGUGGCACCCCAGCCGAUGCGAAACGUCAACCCGUUAAGCUUCGCGGACUUCAGCCUCCCGAACCACCCGUAUCAGAACUGGUACGAGCCGCCAAGCCGGUCGAUGGCGUCACGACCAAUCUACAUGCGACCACCGAGCGUCAUGUCCGAAAGUGUCAGAUGUCCUAAAAAUGUCUACGAUCCUCUCAAACAGUGUCAGCGCUUGCAGCCACCUGGUCUUCAGAAAGCGGCAGAGUAUGACGUGUUCGCACUGGCUCAUUCUCAGGAGACGGCUAGGAUCUCGUUGAAACCCGAAGAAGCUCGGUUGACUGUACUCGAUGGAGACGAUAAAACUCAUGGCCACGACACGGCCCUGUGGCUUUUCGAGCGAGCCCUUUGA